AACAACUUUAGAAGAAUCAUAUAUUCACAAAUUGAUCUAAUUCCUUAUUCUAAACUUUCUCUUUCACAAUGGCAGACAAUAACUCUAACAAGAUGAGCUUUCAAGCUGGAGAAGCCAAGGGCCAAGCUCAGGAGAAGGCUAGCAAUUUGAUGGAUAAGGCGAGUAAUGCAGCGGAAUCGGCUAAAGAGUCCAUUCAAGAGACAGGCCAACAGAUGAUGGCUAAGGCUCAAGGUGCUGCUGAUGCUGCCAAAGAUGCUGUCAACAAAUAAAACCAUAUAUCAAUCAUCCUUAUUAUUGAUAUUUGAUCAAUUAAUUAUGAGUUUUACUUUUCGAGUUUGGGAUUUGUUUGGUUACUCCUUUUCUUAGGGGGGUUUUUCAAAGAUGUCAAAUAAAUUCCUAUUGGAAUUUCUUUUCAUUUUCAACUUUCAUUUAUACAUGAAUAUAUUUUCUUAGAU